UCUGUACAGUGUGGUUUUCUGUAUGCUGUGGCACACUCACUAGAGAGAGUGAGUGCGCUUGGCACGGUUAGAUAACAACAACCACCACUAAGUAAGUACGGAGUACUAAGUACAUACAUGUAGUUACUGUACAUGUACAUACAAUUCACAUCUGAAACCCCGAAGCUCUCAUAGAAAAUGUAUGACAUGCUAAUAUCCUAUCACCAGGCUGACUAACAUUUUAUUAGUUUUUUAACUGAAAUUCCAACCGGGCUAGACGACGCCGAAAGAAUCAGGUUUCAAGACAUUGCGCCAACAACUAACUCCGUACCGAGACAGGGUGGCGGUCCUACAGGGACGCAAUGACCGCGCUAGACCAGGUUCGCACGCCUUUAAACCGAUUGGGACUCCUUAUUUCUCCCCAUCAGCGGCUUCUCGAUAUCAUCGAUGGCGGCGUGCUCGUAAAGCUCGACCAGUCGAUGUCCAGUAGCGUGCCCACUUCACUUGCCCAGCUGUUGUUUGUGUGUUUGGCCUACGCCUCGUAUUUUUCAUCCAUUGCCUGUUCCCGUCUAGGAGAAGAAAAAAAAAAAAAAAAAAAAAAAAUGAGCCUCCUUUUUCCAAUCGGGAUCCUGUUGCGGCUCCUUCUCCUUUUUUUCAUUCAUUCUCUUUUUCCUCUGCGAUUUUGGUCUCAUAAGAUGCUCAAUUUCGAAGUCUGUGCUGUUACUAACAUAGUGAGGUGAACUUUCGUCCGAAGCCGCAUCAUGUUUGGCCAAACCAACCAUACGCGCACAGUUUUUCCUUCGUCUAUAGGCGAUUUCGUCCUGUCGGGGUCAGCCGGUUGGACUGCCACCUCUUUGUAUGCUCGACGCUCGUUCAAAUUCAUUAUUGCUUUUGUGUCUUUAUUCCUCCUUGUAGCUUGUUUUGCACUGUUCUAUAGCCCCCCUACUUUCCGGCGUCCACCUUCGCCAUUCGCAAAUUCCCAAGCGGAUCGCACCCCAGCUCCACUAGCCACGGAGAAUAUCACUGACAACCAUCACCACCUCGUCGUUACUACUACUACUACUACUACUACUACUACUGCCCCUUCCCUUUCUUUGGCCUCUCCCCCAACCCCUCUAUCUUCUUCCCUUACACCUCAGCCUCCCAAACCGAACUUCAAAAUUGUCGCUGUCAUCUUCUAUGGACGGCCGGAUAGGGUGGAAAUCCUCGAUUGCUACCUCAAGCGCAAUCUGGUGGCCAACGGAGGAUGGCUAGAUGAGGUCUACUGGGCGCCUAACACGGAAAAUCAGGCUGAUUUAGAUUGGCUCGAUAAGCUGGUGCCUACUUCUCCCUCGUACAAAAUAAUCCCUGUCAAGCCGCAGGAAAAGGGAUAUGCCAAAAUAUGGGAUCACACCGUGUCAGAUCCCGAUACCCUCUACAUCAAAAUUGACGAUGAUAUUAUUUUCAUCGACGACAAUGCGAUACCCAAAUUAGUGUCGCUAAAGCUGGAACAUGACCACUCGUUCCUCGUUUCAGCAAACGUUAUCAACGGCGCCCCGUUGCCCUACCACCACUACCGCACCGGAGCCAUCCGACCCUACCUCCCCGAAUUGGCGCCGCCCAACAAUAAUAGUAGUCAUAAUAUCACCAACAACACCGCGAACAGCAAUGUUACCUCGCUGCGACAACCAACAUGGCGCGCCUCACAGCUUCCAUACUGGGAAGGCGCGGACGGUUUCGAGUUCCCGCUCGAAGUCGGCAAUGCGCCGUACGCGAACCACCGAUGGUUGCCUGUGCACAGCGAGAGCAGAACAGCUAUAUACCGCACGCCCAUCCAGCACGCGCUCUGUAGCCCGUGGGCAGAGAACCGAGGCAAAUGGUCCCUUGCCGCGCAGCAGCAUUUCUCCUUCCUAGAGUCUCUGGAACGCAACGCGACCGACGUUUACGAUUUCGCGCGCCGCGGUGUGUGGGAUAUGGGAUUCGAGCGGAUCAGUAUCAAUUUCAUUGCCAUCUGGGGCAGAGACGUCAUAGAUCAUCUUCCGCUCGUUGACGAUGAGGCGAUGCUGACAAAGUCCAUCCCGAAGAAGCUUCGAAGACCCGUGCUGGUCGCAACGGGCGCGAUCGCUGCUCACUAUGCAUUUGCGUCGCAAGUUAAUGACCUCAAGCAAACCGAUAUCCUCUCUCGAUACCGUGCAUAUGCCAACGAUAUGAUUUGUCUUGGCACCUUGCCCUAAUCACACGACAUGAUGUUAUGAUUUAUAUAUUUAUAUACUCGUCCCUUCGCUCACCACACCUGUGGUUGGGAGCGCCUCAUCACAACAUUAUUAUCAUCACAAUGUUACUUCUCCAAAAUAGGUAUCUUUUGUAUGACUUCUCAUAUAAAAGAUAUCUGUUGAUGAAAUUUUUAGAAUUUACUAUAUCUUCAACACAACGUCAUAUAUGAUAGAUAUAUAAGUUAUCUUUUGCGCCGGUGAAUAUAUAAGUAUAUUCUAAUACAAAGAAUAUAAUUGUAUAAAUGUUUUUGAAAUAAAAUUAUUCUGCUCAGAUUAGAAAUAGCUAUAUUUUAAGUAGUGAAUCUACUAGUGAUUUUCAAGUUAAUUCUUUAAUACUACUAUAUUCUCUACUCAAAAACAUGCUUAUAUCUUACACAUAUCUGGUGUUGUGCUGAAGAUAUUAAAAUUUUUUGUCUAGGUAUCUUUUAUAUGGUGAGCUCAUACAAAAGGUACAUACAUGUACGGUUCAGGACUGUGGUUGAACGUUUAACCUCAUGUAAUCUUGUAACUAUAAUAAGUAUGUUGGACGUCUGUGGGCAUAUAUGCUUGGUGCGGGGCCAACCUUCCAGCGUACACGCCUAUUCAACAUUGUCCGCACAAAAAAAAGAUCUUGCAUUUCAGUCUGCCAUCCUUUAUUUUACACGGUAUUCUAAGCUUCAACAGUGCAGGUGCUGUGACAGGCAAUGCAGGUGAGGUAGACAGUAGAUCAUUGAUACCUUUUCAGAUUCAAAGAAUCAUCAUUCAUUAUUUAAAGACUGUCUAUCUGGCAUUUUGCACAGCUCUAUCAUACAAAGCAGAAGAAGAUUAUUUAUUUGUAGAUCUG